UACCAAGCGAAUCGCCUCCGUCUAUUUAUUAAAGUUAUGUGAGCCGCAACAGGAUCAAAGCACGAUCAGCAGUUCAAUAAUUCGCACAUCGGAACAAAACAACAAUCCGAUAAAUGGCCACGCCGUCCCAGAAACCGUACGUGGUCAUCACCGAACAGCCCCAGUCCAAGGGUCUGCGCUUCCGAUAUGAGUGUGAAGGUCGCUCGGCGGGCUCUAUCCCGGGUGUGCGGAGUACGACGGAACACAAGACACAUCCGACGAUCGAGCUGCGCGGCUACAAGGGUCGUGCCGUGGUGGUGGUGUCCUGCGUGACCAAGGAUCCGCCGUACCGGGCUCAUCCGCACAACCUGGUUGGGAAGGAUGGCUGCAAGGAGGGCGUUUGCACGGUGGUGUUGAACAGUGCCACGAUGAGUUACACGUUCAACAACUUGGGCAUUCAGUGCGUCAAGAAGAAGGACAUCGAGGGAGCACUGAAGACGCGGGAAAAGCUGCGCGUUGAUCCGUACAAGACGGGGUUUGGACAUGUGAAGCAACUGGCCACGAUCGAUUUGAAUGCGGUGAGGUUGUGCUUCCAGGUGUUUAUCGAGGGUCAACAGCCGGGACGGUUCUCGGAACCGCUGCAACCUGUGGUGUCCGAUGUUAUCUACGACAAGAAGGCCAUGUCGGAGUUGGUGAUCUGCAAGCUGAGCCACGUAACGGCACCCACUGCUGGAGGGAAGGAAAUUAUCAUUCUUUGUGAGAAGGUAACAAAGGAGGACAUCUCGGUGCGGUUCUACGAAGAACGGGAGGGAAGAAUCGUUUGGGAGGACGUUGGCGAGUUUCAGCACAACAACGUCCACAAGCAGGUCGCGAUCUGUUUCCGAACUCCUCGAUACCAUACGCUGGAGACCUCCCAACCCGUGAUGGUCAACAUCCAGCUGAGAAGACCAUCGGACGGUGCUACCAGCGAACCUCUUCCCUUCGAGCUACUCCCACUUGACGCCACCGGACUGUCUCAGAAGCGGAAACGACCCAAGUUCAACAGCUCCGAGGUGCUGGAACAAAGCCACGGUGGAGCACCUCCUGCCGGAUCCUACGGACAGAUGCUUCCGACCGUCGGCGAACACGUCAAACUCGAACCUCGCGAACAGCUGUUCGGCUUCCAAGGACCCUACCGUAACCCCAACGAGUCCCCCGAGCACUCUCCAGGAAUCCCCAACGCAGCCCCCCUCCCAUACCCGGACCCCAACUUCCCAGGUCCCGCGUCCACCCAACCCAACGACUUCUUCCAGCAGUACCCACCAAACCACUACAACUACCCCCCGAAACCCACCCAACAAUAUCCGAACCAACAACAGUUCCAGCCCAACUUCCCCAUGACCCAACAGCCCGGACCAAGCACCUCGACAGCGCCUCAACCCACCUGCCAGCAGAUGGCCCUAGCCCCCGGAGUGCAGCCCCAGGAGUACAAUCUGAGCAGCCUGCUGGACAUGGACAUUGGGCGGGACUUUGCGAUGAACUCGUCCGAGAUCAAGUCCAUUAUGGGACACUUUUCGACGGCAGCGUCAGUAGCUGUGCCGACGGAACAGCAACAGCAGCAGCAGUAUCAGCAGCAAGUUCAGACGGUACAGCAGCAAAUGGUGCAUCGGAUGCACCAGGACGAGGAGGAGAAUCUGUCCAACAGUUUUACACGGUUGACGACGAAUCCGAUGAAUGAUUUGAACAAGUUGAGUUGA